AAAACACAAUUAUUCGGCGGCCGAAUGUCAACCGUCGACGUCUUUUUUGGUAUCAGCGCGAAUCGGUGCGGUCCCGCAAAUUCACAUAUUUAAAGCUAAAAAAAUUCACUAUCAUACUUUCCUGAUUUCUUAACAGGCAGUUGUGUCGCAGCGUCGAUAUUGUACGGUCUGAUUUUAAACAUUUAUUAAGAUUUUUUUAACGUUUCGUCGCGCACCGACGGAUUCCUUCUGUGGAAGUUUUUUCGUACGUGUCGACGUAAUUCUUACAAAUGGGCGCCCAAGCCCCGCCCGUUGCAAGCACCAUAGUCCAGACAAAAUGUUCGCCGUGAUGCAAAUCGACGAAGACACAAGGGACUUCAGGCGUAAACUGCGCCCAAAAUGCGAGUUCGUCUGCAAGUAUUGCCAACGUCGGUUCACCAAGUCCUACAACCUGAUGAUUCACGAGAGGACCCACAAGAGCCCGGAGCUGUCUUUCAGUUGCGAGGUCUGUGGGAAGAGUUUCAAAAGGCAGGACAAUUUGCGUCAGCACAGAUGUAGUCAAUGCUUGUGGCGGUGAAGGUGAUGGAGUUAGCACGAUCCAACUACAGCGGUCUCUUACACAAUAGAAGAAAUCCAUACAUACAACAAGGAGACCGCGUGCUUGCGAUGGUGAUACCUACACCAGUUAAACGCUUUAUAUCGGAUUUCAGUGUUUCAGUAUUGUAUCACCACAUUUAAGGCGAAAGGUUUUGUUAUUGAAACUUCAUGUUCCAAACAGAAACUACCGUCAACCAAUGUCACGUUUUCAGCCCUCUAACAAAAGCCUGUACAAGUGAUCGUUCGACUUUUGCUUAGAGCGUACUAAGCGGCGACCAUGUAUAUAGAUUAAAAUUAUUCAUUUUAUUUAAAUUGUGUUAAUCGCAAUGUUAUCAGUUAACAAUUACAUUAUAGAGCUUUGUUAUUGAAUUUAGACAAAGUUGUACAUUUUGCUUGGAGAACUCAAAUAUAUACUAGAAGUACGUUAUGAUAAUGUUCAUACAAUUGCAAUUUGACAUGCAACCUUGUCUAAAUAAAUUCACAUCGUAAAGUAUUCUGGUGAUUUGUAAAUAGUAUUUAUUAGUUGUAAUAGCAUUUAAACUUAACUGCUUAGCUAUUUUAUGUAAAUUAAUAUUUAUGUUUUAUUUUAGCUUCUUAUACGUAGAACGUACGAAUUGGUCUAGGAUUUUUCUAAAGCGAAAUGAGCUUGUGGAGCGUUCAAGUAUUACGUAACGAAUUUUGGGGGGGGGGGGGGGGUUCUU